AUGGCUACAGCUUUGUUGAAUGAGUAUGAAGAGAUGCCCGAAUUGAUUAAGGAUGAAAGGAUGCGUGAAUAUCCAAAUAUGGGUAUAUCCGAGGGCAAAUUGUAUUGCGAUUGUUUGACAUGUCGGGGCUGGGAUGGCGAGUGUGGGUUAAUUCAAACAUGUCAUAAAAUUACAUGUGUAUGUGGGGAUAAUGUGAAUGAGUGUACAAGAGUUUGGGAAAAUGGAAACAUUAAAUAUUUAGCACAGUACAAGCGUUACAGAAUACACGAGUCUUGCGGUUUUAAUAUUGAUCCACAGAAUAAAAAACUUUGUGCUAGCUAUGUUGGAAUUGUAGAAAGAGCAAAAGACUUUCUUUAUUGGAUUACACGCGAGAUGUGCGCAUGCAAACAAGAAACACGACUUAGUCUGCAACGCGUGACCGCAGGGGCUUUACCCAGUGACAGUAAACAACGAACAAUUCGGCUUGAAAAUGAACUACAAUUAUUUUACGUUUGCAAUAGGGGUACGUGUUCAUACAUGAAAUCUGUACCCCAAGUAAAGAAUGCUCAAGAUACUUUGAAAUGUUUGUGCUAUAAAUCGUGUUGUUAUUUACCUACAAGCGCAGCUUAUUUGUGCGCGUAUUUAGGACAAAAUAAAACAUGUGGUGUUUACUUUCACGAGUUAGAUUCAUUAACAUACAUACACGUUAAUUUAGCCGAUGACGAAAGAGAGGACAUAGCAUGGUUACAACUACCCAGAAAAGCAAAACAUGUGUGCGGAGAGCCUGGUAUUUUAAAAUAUCGAUUAAAUAAAAAUGAACAAGGCGGUGGAGAGUUAGUGUACGAGUGUCGUAGAAGUAAUGCAUGUUGCGAAGUAGAGAAAGAUAUAUUAUUUCCUGCUAUUUAUAACGGAGACGAGAGAUUGUAA